GAAUCGUCCUCCUGUCGCCGCCUUUCUACCUCACAUCGUACCUGCUCGACCGCCCCAACUCGCUUGAUGGCGCCGUCAUGACGUUUGCCCGAUCCCCUUCGACUGUGACUAAAUGGUACCCGAUCACAAGAUGAAUAGUCAUGCUGGCCUAGUCGGUUCUCUAGUCGAAAGACUUACCACCAGGCUACCGCACCGCACAGGCACACACAGUUCCGAGCUCAAGCAUGACGAUAUCGUUACCAUUACCCGUGCCAGCAUAGUCAAGCUCAGCUCGACCUCAAUAUCCCAUAUUCUACACGCCCUCAUCUCGUUGCUGGAAGACGUAUCCCGAGCCUACAAGAGCGGCCACCCGUCCUACAUUCUUCAGUCUGAAAUUUACAUUGUUGCGCUUGCUGCCGAUUGUUGUUCCGCCCAUUGGCAAGCGCUCCGUGACUCCAGUUCAAGCGCCUCUCCCAAUGCCUCGUCAGUUAAUUCGGCCACCCAGAUCCCGGUGUUGCCCAAGCCUUUAGACGACAAGUUAGUAAAACGGGUCUUCAGCUACCUUGAGGUCCUCAUAGAGCCCAUACCCGAUGGAUACGUCAUCCCAGCGAAGGUGAUAUUAGAGGAUGAGUUUGUACGUGAAAUCUUGGAUCCGCGCUAUGACGAGCCCGCGCUCAGUCUCGCCUCGUCCAGUGGUUCAGACACCGCUCGAGACACGAUUAACUCGCGCGAGGCCAACGAUGACUUGACAGCCGCCGAACCCUAUAUCAAGAAAAUUGCCGAGUUUGUGAGCGCAGCGAAUUGGUCAGCGUCCUUCGACUAUGUGCGGUCUGCCAUCCGUAGCAAGAGAACCACUGCUUCCACACAGUCGAACAGCACCCAGAGCCUAACCAUGUCUGAAGAUGACAGGUCUCUCCUGGUUACUCUCAAGUUCCUCUCGUACUUAUGGGUUGACGCUCUCAAGCUUGGUUUGGUCAUGCAGGAGCUUAGCUCUACAUUCCUCCACUUUCGGAGGAUGUUCCAGAAUACUGUGGCCCUAGUUGCGCCGCUGCUUAUAUUCAAGUGGAUUGAGCGCUACCCUUGGGAGUUUGUGCGACUGCAUAGCCAACGUAGGAAACUUGAUGGUGGACCAGACACUCUCGCCGAUAUGACCCACUCCUUGGGUGACAAUGGCAGAAGGCGCUCGUCUCUUUAUCCUUUUCAGACAACCCUACUUAUGCUUGUCCCAGAAGUAUUUGAAGUAGCAAGUAAUCUCCGGGAUACUAAGGGUGGUAACAUGGCCAAGAGGGUAGCUUUUCUCGAGGGCCUCAGAAAAGGGUUGCGCAACAAGAACGAGACAGCCGGUGUGUGUCUGGUGAUACUAUUGCGGGCCGCUCGUCAUUUCCCCCCAGAGUCGGAAUCGGCCUUCUUAAGCUAUGUAAUGGAUAUCCAGGAUGAGCUGAAAGAUGCUGUGUUCCGUCGACAUAACCCGGUCGGCGAUGGCAUCUUGUUCGAACAAGAUUUGACAACGGCCGCAUGUAUAAGCCUCAUACACCUGAACCUUAACGUCUACGUAGAUCCUCUGGUGCAGAUUUGUGCACAACCCUCCGCUCCUUUGUCCUUCAGAGUUGCCAUCAUGCAGACAUGCUCCUACUUCGCUCGAAGACCAGAUGCCCAAGACUACCGUCGUCUCUACAUCUCUGUCUCUGGGUUUAUCCAACAUAUGUUGAAGGCCAUGUCGACUGUGUCGACCGACCUUUACAUAGGCGUUCGUCGAUCCCACCGCAAACCAUCGACAGGCGACGCCAGAACAGCAACCGGGAUUGUGAUAUGCAACAUUCUCAAAUUUCUCAAUUCGUCUCCACUAAGUUUAUUCGAAAGCACAUCACCAGAUGCCAAGAACUCGGACUCGUUCUACGAAGAGAUUUAUGAGUCUUUUGUUUCGUGUCUGGUGACAGCAAAUGAUACGGUGAGGACGUUGUCUAGACCGCUUGCUCAGAGUAUCCUACCGACCAACGGCUUGCUCGCGUCUGUGCGUCAGGCGACCCCUCUCGAUUCGGAGAGUUUUAAGCUGAAAUUCUGGAAGCUGACUGCUUCGGUCCUAUUGGACAUGUGCGACAAGUGGUACCAACAGGAAGAUGUCUCAAUCAUAAAAUCCAUUCACUCAUACCUGGAAUCGGGUUUGUUGCUUCUCUCCUCAUGUCGGGAACUAUGUAGAUUGAAUGAAGACUUCCCUGAACGUACAGCCGUUGCCAUCAAAGCAGAGUCACUUCUGCUGUUAGCGCUCUGUUCUCCAGAGAUCGAGACCUGUCAGCUUGUGACAUCUGCUUUGGGGCUCCUAAACGAAGAAUGCCAGAUUCUGCUGAACGAGAGUCAGGAGGCGAACGUAGCGACUUUACAGCUACCCAACUACGAGAUAUACGCUGAUAUUGCAUCGCGUGGAUUCAGGUUUACUGGCAUGAUGGCUUUUCAGAAGCGUACUCGAGCGCUUUUGCGACGUAUUACGUUUCCUGGCCCAAGCAUACUUGACGCUUGGGAACGUGCUUUUGACAAAUGGAUUCACUUAUCAAAGGAUGUCUCCACAACGCCAAUUGAUGCUAUUGACGAGAGGACCUUCUCGGAAUGGCGAAAUCUAUCUGGAUUCCUGGCCUCUCUCGGUGGUGUCUGCACUGCAGAGCAGGCUUACGGUGUCCUAGAGGAGUCUGUUAUUAGCGGGCUCAAAUGGAUUGACCGAGUUGUGUCUGAAGACUCCGGAGAACCAAUUCUGAACAGAUACCUCAAACAGAGCACGCAGCUUCUCGCAUGCCCCAAUGUUCGCGUGAGAGAAACCAUAAGAGAUGUUCUGUCUACAGAGAUAUCGCCACCUCUAUAUCAACCGCUGUUCAAGACUUUAGGUUCCGAGCUUACCAAUCUGUUCGAAGGCAAACUGAAUACUGUUAAUGGUCCGGACGCGGCGAUCAUCUUUGCUGAGCAAGCAGCUUCACUACUCAGAACGCUCGUGGAAAAGUUAGAGUCGCCCUCUGAACUUGGUGCUGCAGCAUGCAUGGAUUUUAGCUCCGUUGGUCUCGAUUUCGUUAAAUUCCUCGACGGUGUAACUGAAAACGCCUCAUGCUUACGGGUCAAGAUCAAGGCUUGCCAGCUGUGUGAGUCUAUUACUAAAAAGAAAGAACAUUUAAAUUUCCAUGACGACAUCAGGAAGCGGAAUCAGUUGUUGGAGUACAUUUUCAGCUGGAUUGCCCGACCUCGUUCUCCGAAGGCCGAUCUUUCUCACGGCAUAAUUCGCCAAGACGAAACAGCAAGGCUCCAAAGGGACUUAGAUAAGGCUUGUUUCCGCUGUCUUGCUAGUCUUACAUACAAACUCCCUCUUCAGCCGGGCGAGGGACAAACUGAUGCAGGCACUAGCGAGCUAAAGUCACAGAUGUUCCAUACAUAUUUCAAUCGAUUCCUCUCUCUUCUUAACCAUGAGUCUGCCGAAAAUAUCAGGGGAGAUACUUCGGCUCACGAUGAGGCCGGAUCGACCUCCGCGUUGGCCAUUACUAUUCUUUCGAACCUCUUAAGUGCAAACAUCGACGUGGGCCUGAAGCAUUCUCUAAGUAUUGGCUAUCACGAAAACAUUGAAAUUCGCACUGCUUUUGUGAAGGUGCUCUGUAAUAUUUUAGUUCAGGGGACGGAAUUCAGUACACUUUCUGAUAAGGCAGUCAACGAAAAAUACAAUGCCUUGUUACAGCUACUUACUCAAGAUAUGAGUUUGGUUAUUGCCAUCAGUACGGCUUGUCCUAGCAGCGAGGUGGAAGAAAUGACAGUAGCCCUCCUCAACGUAUUUGAGUCUCGUGGACUUGCGUUUGAGCUCAUGGAGGCUCUGAUCAAGCAAGAGAUCGAGGAUACAGAAAACGAAGCGGAGCUCCUACGAAGAAAUUGUGUCGCAACAAAAAUGCUUUCCAUUUAUGCGAAGUGGAAGGGCUCAAAUUAUCUCAAAUCAACUCUACAAAAGGUAGUCGAGAGGUUGAUGUUAACCUCGGAAGACUUAGACUUGGAGCUCGACCCUGCGAGAUUAUCCUCUCAAGAAGAGCUUCAAAGAAAUGCUAUGCAAUUACGAAUUGUUGCGAAAGUCUUCAUAGAUGACAUAUGCGCAUCCUCUACUAACAUACCGCCAUCGUUCAGGAAAAUAUGUAGUAUUAUCUCUACUGCUGUUAUGCCGAGGUUUCAGGAAGCGAAAUACACUGCAGUUGGCGCCUUCAUCUUUCUUCGGUUCUUCUGUCCUGCUAUCGUUGCACCAGAAUCAGAGAAGCUUGUGGCCGAACCUCCUUCCAAGGAGAUGAGGCGAGGUUUGCUCUUAAUCGCUAAGGUUAUUCAGAACUUGGCGAAUAAUGUUCUCUUUGGAGCAAAGGAGCCAUAUAUGUAUCCACUCAACGACUUCUUAACCCAAAAUAUUUACAAAGUGACAACAUUUCUAAGGGAGAUAUCAGUGCCGCCUGAUACUCUAGAUACUACGCAGUCUGAAGUUGAGAAUUUCGACUUCGGUUCUUGCGUUGUUCUACACCGUUUUCUAAAUGAGCACUGGGAUAACAUCCGACAGCGCCUCAUGUCUCAAGGACGGAGAGAGCAAAUUCGCACUCCCAACGAGCUCUCCCGUGGCUACACGCCAGCUAUCGAGCGACUUCGAACACUGAUCACCACGUUGGGUCCACCCUCUUUGGCAAUUACCUGGAAUCGUCCACAGAUAUCGACAAACUACUUGCCCACAUACUCCAGAUUCCAAAACUUCAUGUUACGUAAUGCACACCGAGACACCAGCUCCUUCAUGACCUCUCGCACUAUAUAUGAGGGUGGUGAAACCAAGGACGGCCUAGCAGUAAUUUGCGUAAUUCUUCGUCACAUUGAUCGAGAGGCUGUUGACCACGGUGCUUUGUUAUUCGCCUAUCUGAAGCUCGCAAGCCGUCUUUGGCAUAAACCUUUUGGCGUGUUCAUUGAUGCGACGUGUGACCACGGCGCCAUCGAAAACCACGAUGAUCUCAUCAAAGACCUUGAGAAUCUCAUGCCGACAGAAAUGAUCAGCCAGCUGACAAGGAUGUAUGUCUACAACAUGAACAGCACAUACAGGAAAACAUUCCGACGCAAUCUGCGUCUGGCUGGCAAACGCGAAGUGAAUAUGUUCGUGGGACCAAAUACGGAAAUACAUCUGCUUGGAACCGUUCAGGAUCUGCAGACACAUUUUGUGCUUCGACAAGUUCACCUGCCCAAAGAAACCAUCGAUGUAGUGAAGGACACUCGAUAUGUCUUCCAACCUGUCACCAGACUCUCGAAGACUAAAGGAAAGAUAGAGGUUACUAUUAAGGUUGGCAGUCAGUUUGUUCAAAUCACGACAGUGAAGAAACAAGAAGUUCAUCCGACCCACCGCCUCAAUGCUAUUAUCAAUGACAUAUUCCGCCUUAGCGAGGUUGACGAAGCGCCAACAUCCAUUCCUACCGAGGAUGAUUCUGCUUUCGGACUGCGAGCGGAUAACGGCAAAAUUGUCAUGUACUUCCAGAGUUCGAAGAAGAAUGAGAUUCUCCAAUCCAUCCGAAGUGCCAAGGCUAAGUACGGGAAGGAUAUAAGGAGUGUCAAGUCAUUUGACAGGCUCGUUCGACCACAAGAUAUACCUGGGACACUCUUGAAUCUAGCCUUGAUGAACCUAGCAGCACCCGAUCACUCCCUCAGAAUCGCGUCUUAUAACCUUUUAGGCGCACUUUGUCAAGCUUUCAAAUUCAAGGCAGCUUCAAAGUUUACGUGCAUAAAUGAUGUGUACAUACCCAUGGACCCCAAUCAUUUCAUCAUCAAUAUAAGCAGGACUCUAGCCCUCGAAGAGCCUCAAUUAACGGCUGAUUUCUUGAACGAGUUUUUCGUCGGCUGGGAAAACUUCUCUGAUGAACAGAAGCCAUUGAGCCUUGCCUACAUGGCACCGUGGUUACCAAAUUUGCGCACAUCGCUUCUUAGCGACGAAAGUGAUAGCGAAAAGGGUAAAGACAAGAUAUCUGCUAUCUUCCAAAAGCUCAUAGAUACCGCGGCGGUCGAUUCGUCUCUUUGCCUCAUACUUGAACAAACAGUGUUGCCUGCAAUCUACAAAGACGAAAUCCUUUUGGACCUCUUUCUCGAAGAGAUCACUAAGGCGGCGCUUGCGGUCGGUCCUUAUGAUGAGCAGACACAGGCCUUGACAUCGACGGUGACAGCGAUCGGUACAAUGACACUUCGUGGAAAGGUCAUCUCGCGUCUGCGAAAAGCGCUGAAUCGAUCAGUCCUCCGGCCCACGAAACACCUCCCUCAGAAUGCUGUCUGGGACGAGAUUGUAAUCUUACUACAGUUCUGCCUUGCACUAUCGUUUGACAGCGGCGUGCAGUCUCAACUCUACAUGCCAGAAAUAUUUCACAUUGUCACAAUGCUUGCAAAUACUGGCCCUGUCGAUGUCCGCACAUCUGUUCAACGAUUAUUAGUCAACUCUCUUCACGCAGCAUGCACCUCUUUUACGCUAGAUGACCACAGGUCAUCCAAGUUACAUGGCAUUCUUGAGUUAGUUUCAGACCCUAAAAACGAAAAUUUCUGCAUCGCUUCAGACUUCAUACCAGAUGGGUCUUCCAUGUUCGCAUUUCUUGAUAGUUAUCAACCGCUCUUAGCUACGGAACAUCUUGCGAUUCUACUCUUCGACACCUGCACUGUCGCUGCACCUUCCAUCGACUUGGCAAAUGCGUGGCGGUCUAGGUGGAUGAGUCUAGUUGCCAGCACUGCAUUUCAGAAUAACCCUGCAAUUCAACCACGUGCUUUCACUGUCAUGGGCUGCUUGGCACGCGAAGAGAUUGAUGAUGAUCUUCUUUACCAAGUUCUAGUAGCCCUUCGCCACAGCAUCACCCGCUUUGGAGAGGAUGGCUCUACCGAUAUGCUUAUCGCCGUAGUAUCGGCCCUCUCCAAGAUGAUUACCAAACUAACUUCGGCAUCUCGUUAUGGACUGCAGCUCUUCUGGCUUGCGAUGUCCUUGAUCCGACUCAUGCCAACAGCUCGUCUAUUUAACUGCGCAACGCAGUUAUUGGAAGCUGUGCUCACUAACAUCGGUAUCUCAAGUGAGCUUAGGAGCGAGAAAACGGCAGCGUUUCUCCUUCAAGGCCGUAGCACAUUGGAAGAGGCCACUCUCCCACUAGAUGAAGUUUACGGCGUGCAUUUUACACCAGACAACUUCCAUUCUGCCGUCUGUGCCUGUCUAGUGCGCGGUCUUACUGACCCCAUCACAAAGCCGUCUACACUACGUGUCGUCUCAACAUUCCUAGAAUUAACGACGAGUUCGUUCUCGUCCAAGUCGUCCACUAUCGCACCGGCUGUCUUCUAUCAAUCUCCAUAUAUGGCCCUACUUCAAUCAAGAGUCACCAGCUCAGACAGAAUUAAGGAGUGUCUCUGGUCUGCUGGCUUUGACCCAGCUAGUGUUGCCAAUCUCACACUCGAACGAGGUGUGCGUCUUACGGAAUAUGUUCAAGAUAAAGAUAUUCUUCUAUAUGUUGCUAUUCAGCUAGUAGAUUUCCGGAAUCUAGAAGACGAGAUCCAGUCACACAUGUUAACGUGGCUGGGUGAUCUGGCUAUAGAACGGCCAGCAGUUGUUAUCCCAAUGCGUUCGGCUAUCACAUCUCUUCUUGAUGAGAUCCUGCUUCAUGCCAAGAAUCCAACAGCCGUCAAAGCAGCACAUGGGUUGCUUCGGAUGGUAACUACUAAUCCCAAGUUCGCAUCUACUAAGGACAACCAUGACACGAUCGAUGAUUUUCUUGAAGAUAUGGGAUUCGAAGGAUUAUGGCGUUCCCAUUCCUUCGUCCAGUCUCAAGAAUUUGAUAAGCAGCUCAUAGUGCUGACAGAAAAACUGAUUGAACUUAUUAUUAUGUGAACCACGAUAAGCGACCACGA